GAAUAUAAGGUUGUAUCCUAAAUUCCAGGAUGACCUACAAACUUUGUCAUAUAAAAGUAAAGUAAAGUAAAAGUAAAGUGUCUUUUAUAGUCCACGAUGCCAGCCAUCUAUGUAUGGGUUUACAGAUGGGUUAGAGCCUUAUGAGACUACCUUGUACUCUUUUGAGGAGGUGUCUAAUUGCACUACUUCUCUUUCAAGAGCACAAAUUCUCCACCACUAGAUCAACUCUUAUAUUUCUAUGUCUUUAUUUCAGAAAACUCUGAACCUUUGGGUUGCGUAACAGAAAUCAUGACUGGGAAUGGCUUCCUAUAAUCUAUAGGCAACAGGAUGGAGAUGAGCCAUCUCAUCUUCAUUGCCACUUCGGCAGUAGCACGAGCCUGGAACAACAGGCAUAUACACUCUUUUACAUGGCUUUUGAACAACCAAACUGCUUUAGAUUUCAGCACAGAGAAAUUAAAUACAUGCCUUAUAAAGAAAAAAACCACUUUAGAUCUCAGCACAGAGAAAACUACUUUCAAACGAAGGAAUAAAUCUGGAGUUCGCAAGACCAUGUGCGAUUUCGACAGUGGUGUGGUUUCGGAAAACAUGAAAAUCACACGCUAUGCUAAAGAUGGGAAAAUUGAGGAUGCACGCCAAGUGUUUGAAAAAAUGACUAAACGAAGCGUUGUUUCAUGGAACGCCAUGAUCACUGGAUAUGCGUGUAGUGGGAAGAUAAAAGAUGCGCGACAGCUGUUUGACGAAAUGCCUGAACGGGAUGUCGUUUCAUGGAAUUCUAUGGUUUCCGGUUAUGUCCGGAAUGAGAGUUUGGAAAAUGCACGGCAACUGUUUGACAAAAUGCCUGAACGGGAUGUCGUUUCUUGGGAUUGUAUGAUUUCGGGAUAUGCUCGAGGUGGGAGAAUGGAAGAAGCAUACCAACUGUUUAACAGUAUGCCUGAGAAGAAUGUGAUUACAUGGAAUGCGAUGCUUGUGGGUUAUGCACAGAUUGGGAGAAUAGAAGAUGCACAACAUCUGUUUGACAAAAUGCCUGAACGAGAUUCGGCUUCAUGGAAUAUGAUGAUUGCAGCAUACGCACAGGGUGGAAGAAUGUUGGAGGCGCGCCGGUUGUUUGAUGAAAUGCAGGAGAAGAACACAGUUUCUUGGAAUUUGAUGAUUACAGGGUAUGCUCAGAGGGGGCAGAUGUCGGAUGCAAGGGAACUCUUUGAUAAGAUGCCUGUGCGAGAUGUUGUAACAUGGACUGCUAUGGUUACAGGGUAUGCUCAGAAUGGGAAUAUAAGUGAUGCACGCCGGCUGUUUGAUAAGAUGCCUGAAAGGAACAUAAUCUCAUGGAAUGCAAUGAUUGCAGGGUAUGCCCAAAAUGGCAGGAUGGAAGAUGCCUCCCACCUAUUUAGUUCAAUGCCAAACCGAAAUGUUUCGUCAUGGAAUGCAAUGAUUGCAGGAUUUGCGCAGAAUGGGCAGAUAGAAAAUGCUAGAAGACUUUUUGAUAAAAUGGGUAGCCGCGAUAGCCUCUCUUGGACUGUUAUGAUAGCAGGUUAUUCUCAAAAUGAUCAUUGUGAGGAGGCCCUGAAAAUGUUCUCUCAAAUGAAGCAUUCAGGUUUCAAACCUGUCGAAUCAACCUUCACUUGUGUACUUAGUGCAUGUGCAAAUCUAGCAGCUCUGGAACAAGGCAAGCAACUCCAUGGUAUUUCCAUAAAAACAGGAUUUGAACCAGGUGUAUUUGUGGGGAAUGCCAUUGUUACAAUGUACUGCAAGUGUGGAAGCAUAGAUGACGCGCACUGUCUAUUUGAAAUUAUGCCUAAAAGAGAUGUCGUUUCAUGGAAUGCGAUCAUUGCAGGAUAUGCUCAACAUGGCUAUGGCAAAGAGGCACUUCAAUUCUUUGAACAAAUGCAACAUAUGGGGAUUAAGCCAAACCGUAUCACCUUAAUUGGUGUUCUGUCGGCAUGCAGCCAUGCUGGCUUAGUGAACAAAGGUGAGCACUACUUUCAUUCCAUGACUAAAGAUCAUGGCAUUGCAGCAACAGUUGAGCACUAUGCCUGCAUGGUUGACCUUCUUGGUCGUGCCGGGCACCUAGUUGAGGCAGAGGAUUUCGUAAACAAUAUGCCAAUUGAACCCAAUGGAAGAGUAUGGGGUGCAUUGCUGGGUGCUAGCAGAAUUCAUGGAAACAUAGAGCUAGGACAGCGAGCAGCGGAGAACAUUUUUGAAUUGGAACCACAUAAUGCAGGAAUACACGUUCUGUUGUUUAACAUGUACGUGGCAGCUGGCAGGUGGAAUGAUGCAACAAAUUUGAGACUAACGAUGAAGCAACGGGGGUUAAAGAAGGAACCAGGAUGCAGCUGGAUUGAGAUCGAGAACAAGAUUCACGCAUUCCUUGUAGGAGAUAAAUCACAUCCACAAACUGAAAAGAUAUAUGCAAUGCUUGCGAGAUUAGCUGAGCAGAUGAAGGAAGCAGGUUAUGUACCCCUUAAAAACUUUGUUUUGAAUGAUGGGGAUUAGGAGAAAAAUGAGCAUGUUCUAUCACAGGACUCACCAAUUGCGCUUGGAUAAAAAAUAAAUCUCUUAUGACUUUCAAAAUCAAGAAACUCCUGAUUGUCCUGCAAUUAGCAUACUGAAAUUAAAUUCUAUCUUCGAGAAAACAUUGCAAUGGUUGCCAACAAUUGCAGUAGAGAACCUAACAUGGUUCUCAGAGGUUCGUGGUUGGCCCUUGCUUAACAACAUUUUAUCCUAGCCAGGUUGGCUAGUGUGCUCAAACCAUAUAUUGCUGGAAGAAUGUGUGUUGCAGAUCGGUGGCUUAGUCGUAGAGCACCCAAAAUACUCGAGUAUUCAGAAAGGUCAUAAGCAAGUUCUGGUUGAUUCAUACUUUAAAGCAUGGGUUUAGUACUUGCAACAGAAACCAUUUGGAAGUUACAGCUUGGGGGAGAUGCAAAGUUGAACAAGUAUAAGCUAACUGGCAUUUAGUGGAUCAAGAUUCAAAUGGUAAUUGUUCCAUCUUUGUUCCUUUCUGUGUACAAGUGGAAUCAUGACCAGUUAACCAAUCUAUUGGCCCUGGUGAGAAAGCACAUGAAUACGAAAGAAGGAUUUAUCAAUUAUAACAAUCUUUUUCAACGAUUGUAGUAUUUAAAAUAAAUAAAUUUGGCAGUUCUGCUUCUUUGAGAGAGCACAAAUGCAUUUGAAAAUUUACUUAGAUUUAUGUACGCAAAAAAUAUUGUUAUCAUGACAGACACCAUCGUAUACUGCUCUUUCCUUCGUUAGAAUUAGGUGAUGUCUUGUUCUCUAAAGCCUUCUUUAUAUGUCUUUUAUUUUAGUUCCAUGAGAUCUAUGAACAAAUUUUCUAUCCCCUCCAUUCCAUUAAGGAGGACAUUUUCACCUUAUGGAGGAAAUUGAUAACCUA